AUGUUUUGCCCCUUAUCCCGCUACGGCCACGGCUCCCCGGACGCCCUCCCCGACGAGACACACCGGCCAUAUGGCACGCAGAGCUCCAUCUACCUUUUGCUAGCCGUUGGAGAGAAACAUCAAAGCAGUUCAUGCCAUCUCCGUGUAGCCGACUGGGCAGUUCAAAGCUUCCUUCCUCUGAAUGUAGGCUUUCUCUCCGCCGCCGCCCGCGGAUCUCCCCCAACGAGAAUGCCAGCGGCCCAGCGCGUAUUAUGCGAUAGCCGUCCUCUCGUCAGCGUGCCGGUACUUCGUCUCAACUCCAGCAUUGGCGCCAAGCCGUCCAAGGCGCCAAGCGAGGAGGUCAAAAGCAUGUCGACCACGCACCGAGACAAGUAG